UGGCAGCAGCCAUAGAGGAGCAGCGGCCGCAUGUAAAGUUGAGAUGACGAAAGCAGAAAUGAUCUCUGGAAUCAGGAAACACAAGCAGGACUGAGCUGGAAACUCUCAUCUUUCUGUUUACAAAACAUGUGGCUGUCUGACUCGUUUUCCACAGAUAUAUCACUUUACGGUGUAAACUAUCCCGUGUCAGUGCUUUACUCUGCUGUGGAUUUUCUAAAUACUGCCCACAUUCACAUCCACCCCCUCUCCCCCACGGACAGUUGUGAUGCUAUCAGUCACCACAACAGCAGCCCACUGAGGUAGACGUCUGUCAGUGGUUGUGGCCUUUCUCAGCGUGGCAGCCCGGCCUGAGCAGACUUCCUGUGCCAGACGCUGCACCGCGGCCGUCAGUCAACUUUUCACCGUUCAACUCGGCGUCUCUCGGCUGUUUUCCCAAAUGCCUCGAUGGAAAGUGUUUGGCAGUCAGUACCUGCGAUGGUCCAGCGUCGUCACUCAAGCCCUCGUCCUCUCCGUCAUCACGUUUUGCGUCGUGCUUCCUCUGUGCUGCCACCGGCUGCUCUACUCGUACUUCUUCAUCAAGUCCAUGUACCUGGACGCCAUGAGCGACAAGGUCCUGCAGGACAGCUACAACCAAGGCCAGGAGGCUCUGCGGUUCUGGCGGAGCAGCUCCACGGCGACGUCCGCCCGCUUCACAGACAUCGCCAAGCAUCCUGAGCUGCUGGUCACCGUGGUGACGGCCAGGCGACCGGAGGGGCGGGACUUCCACUACCUGCUCCAGGUGAUGCAGCGGAUGACCAGCCUACUGGGUGGCUGCGGGGAGCGCCGGUGCGCCGAGGUGUUGGUGUGUGAUGUGGAAAGUGGACCGGUGGCGAACGAGGACGCCUCCUUGCUGGACGGCCACUUCCAGGUGAUCCGGCGUUCCCCCGCAGAGCUGCGCAGGAGCCGGGAGAGAGUCAACACCUUUGAGAAGGAGAAGCGGGAUUACGUCUAUUGCCUCCGCAGAGGAUGGGAGCUGGCAAGGCCCAGAAACGUCGUCGUGCUGGAGGAUGACGCUUUGCCGAGACAGGACUUCUUCGCCGUCAUCAAAGACCUGCUCUCGCGCCGGUUCGCCCUCCAGACUCUUUACGUCAAGCUGUACCACCCUGAGAGGCUGCAGCGCUACUGGAACCCCGAGCCGUACCGCAUCCUGGAGUGGCUCGGGUUCGGGCUGGUCGGUGCAACAGCCCUCCUCCUAACCCUCCCCUACUGGAACCCCUUCUCGUUCUCCUUCACGCUCUCUGCCAGCCACCUUCUCUUCCUCACCCUGUACAUCAUGGCUGCUGUGGAGCUGGUGGGCCGGCAUUACCUCCUGGAGGUGCGGAGACUCUCCCCCCAGCUCUACGCCGUAUCCCCGGCCACUGAGUGCUGCACCCCCGCCAUGCUCUACCCGGGCAACAGCUCGCUCAGGGUGGCGGAGUAUCUGGACGGGUCAUUCUGCGUCAAGGGGAAUGCCAAAGACAUGGUCCUGUAUCAGAUGGCGAGGGUGAUCCCUGGAGAGAGAUCUCACAGCUUGGAGCCCAACCUCAUCACCCACAUCGGGGCCUUCUCCUCGGUCCGGGCCAACCCGUCCAAGCCCAGACUCCUCUGAGGAGCCUGGAGGAGCCAACAGGCGGCGGAGGACGGCGACCCCGUGCAGCAGGGUUGGAGUUCAUCAGUUUCCUCUUUGCCGUGUCACUUUCAUAUCAAACCGGAACCAUCGUUUUCAACACAUCUUUGUGUUUCUGGUUUGAGACGUAUCGGAUUUCUGUUUUCACCGCACCGUCACUGGAUCUGCAAUUUUGAUGAUUUCCACGCUUUCACUGCAGCUGAAAGAGGAAAGAGUGCACACUCCUCUACAAGUCGGGCGACUCUCCAGCCUCAUGGCCUUAUCAAGCCCUUUCAGAACCCUUUAGAAAUGCUUUGUUACCGAUUUCCCUUUAUCAUUUAUACGGAUCAAAGAGGAUCAGUGGAUUUGGUCACGAAAAAAUGACUCAUCAGUGCUGGAGGACAGGAAAUACCUCACUGUGCCGAGGUACAAAGCCUAACCUCUAUCUAUUCCAGUCAUGACUUUACACUCACACUGUAUUUACAGACAAUAUUGGAACAUUAACCUACAUGCACACUACAAUACAAUAGACAAUAGAGUACCACUUCUAUUUCUGCUGUACAAUAGUACCUCAACUUCCAUGUGAUCUACAGUAGAUCAGAGCAGUGACACUAUCAAGCCUCCAUACUGACAAAUGGAGCGUUUCGUAUCGAUACUGACAGGCGAGCAUCUCACCGACAAACCUGCCUCACUGAUUGUGCCUUUAAACUUUUUUGUUUUCGGUGAACGCCGGCAGGUUACACUCAAAGUGAUGUGUUGCGAUAUCUGAGUGCACAUUCGUUUAAGUUGUCUGUGCAGUUGAUUGUGUAUUGUCUUAUUUCCCCGCUGAAAAUUAAGAUUCUGAUCAAAUUAGUCCUGAUGAAGUGAAUCCUACGGAAAAGCACAGGCCAAAGCAAAGGCACCCUUGGAGUGAAUGGGGAACCCUGCCUUCAGCCUCUGUUAAAUGAUAACUUUGGUUAAAUGUUUAGAUGUAAAAAAUGAAGGCAGGUGGAGUUUUGGAUUUGAGAACUGACCUGCGAUCAGAUGUGACCCAGGAGAGCGGCGCUGGCAGCUGAAACCGCUGCACAAAAUGAGAUAUCGAUGCAAAGUGGGAAGAGUGCAAAACCAAGAGCGAGGUGCCGGCUUAACGGCAGUCAAACAGUGAUAAUAAUAAUAGUAAUAAUAAUAAUAAUACUAUUAAUGAAAAGCCACACACUCUUCCCUCUUUUCCUUGCUUCUAAUUAUAACCCAUUUUUUAAAAAAAAAGCCACCAACGUUUUGGGACAAAGCCCUCCGCAGCUCCGAGGCCGGCUUUGUUCUGAAACGUUGGUGUCUUUAUUUUUAAUGGCUCAUAAUUAAAAGCACUGCAGGGGAGAGAGAGGAGCGUGCAGUUUUUCUAUUAAUUGCCUUUUUAAAAAAUGAGAUCAACCUUUUGAAAAGUCAAAUCUAGUCAAACAAAAAGGACUGAUGUUGAAAAAUUCGACCAAAUGAUUUUUUUUUUUUUUUUUUUUUUUUCUUUUUUACAAGCUAGUGGGGAACUGAAAUCUUUGGUUUGCUCCAUGAAUUUACUUUUUAGGUAUUGAAUCAUUUGGGGAUAAAGAUUAUUUUUUAAUUAUAUCGCUAAUAUAUUUCUGAAGAAUAUUCUAGGUCCUGUUAAUAAUAAUGGGAAAAAAAAUCAGAAAUAUUGGAACCAGACAAACUUCAAGACGUCAGACCAAAGAAUAUUAAACAGAAAUGUAUUCUGAUAACAGCAUCAAAAUGUGUCGGCGGUGCGCGUUUUGCUUCAUUUGAUGUUCCACAUCCAUUUCAACACAGGAGGAAGAGACGCAGACUAACAGAUUCAACACAGUGCAGUGCUGUUGUGUUUUCAGAUUACAUGAAUAUGCCAGUUAAUAGGAAACUCACUGUCAGGUGUCGUAUGUUGUUAUGAUUCAAAACCUCCAAAAGUGAGGAGUCAUAAAAUAUGAAAUGUAGGGGUCGUUCUGUAUAAAAUCAACCAAUUCAGACUCACAAUCAGCUGAUUUUUGUCCUACAGUAUCUUGUGCAUAUUCAGUGAAGCCGUGCAAAAUCAGACAUUCAUACUGUGAAUAUUUUCUGAGUUUCAGCUCCUCAAAGUUCAUACAUGCAGCUCCAAAUUUCACAUUUUUGUAUUCACGCUGGUUGUUUUUGUUUUUUUUCUUUUUUUCUAGCAUUUCUGAGCCUCAUAACUAAAUUCUCUUAACUAAAUUCCUUACAGAGAGUCACAUGAAAGUUUCAGGGCUGAAAAACAAACGAGCUCUGUUCAAAACUGCAGCCGAGUCAGUUUUACAUCCAUCCUCAGCGUCACAGUCCUGAACCAAAAUCUGUUUUUUCUGCAACACGAUUUUUUUCUUCUGUCACCGACUUUGAGCAUCAACAUGUUGAUAAAAAUGGAAGUUUGAGCAGCAGAACUGGAGCAGUUUCAUGUCUGAGACUCAGGAACAGAAACCAGCCAACCACAGAGUCUGCAUGGCUUCACUGGAGAUGCUGGAUUUCUGUUGACGACCCGUAAAUUGAUGGAUAAAUGAAUAGUUUGGCAUCUUCCCUGAGGUUUAUUAAUGCAUGAAGAUAUUGAUCUGAUUGAUUGGAUUAUUGCUUUGGUGGAGUGCUUCGUUCACAUGUAAGACCUGCACACAGAGAGUGAAAGAACUUUGAUUUUAAUUUAGAGAGAUGUUUCCAGAAGCUUGCCGUGUUUUUUUUUCUUUCUCUUAAUCUACACAGAUUAUUUUAGUAUUUACAGAUUAAAUCAGUCAGUUCCUGCUGCCUUCACACUUUAAUUGUUUAUCAGACACAACGUCUAAUCACAUCCACUGACGUUUCCACUUGUGUGGCGUUUGAAGAGUGUUUUUUUUUUAUUAUUUCACUUGCAUGUGAUCUCACUGCAUCAGCCUUCCAUCUGAAUUUAUAUUUUAUUUUGGGUGAAGUUUGAAUGUGUUUUUUUUUCUAUACAAUCUUUUUUUACGCUUAAGUGUGCUUUUCUAUCAGAGUGUGUGAUUAAUGCUGUGCAAAAGAUAACACCUGAAAUUAUAUCUGAUGAUUCUGAGAAAACUGAAUUUAUUUCUUUUUGAAUCUGUUGGUUAAACAGUGGGGAAAAAAAAAAAAAAAAAAACUCACAGUCAUGAGACCUUAAAGUUGUGGCCAAAGUCUUUG